UCUUCCGCGGCGGGAAAGAUUUGAGCCGAAGCCGGGCCUGUGCUGACUAGGUAGAUUCAAGCGGUGUCAGGUUCGGUCAUCGGGAUGAUCCUGAGCAAGGCCGAAUAUGCCGAGAUAGCCAAGUAUAUGGAACGGCUGCGGCCCAACAGGCAGAGCUUGAAAAUAUUGAAGGAACAGUUCCCCAGUCAAUCGCAGUCCACUCUGCUGAGCAUCUUCUCCCUGGAGUACCAGAAACGAAUGAAAAGGACACAUGUGAAACAUCAUACAGCUGAGGCUUGUGAAACUUAUUACCAAAGGUACCUGAGUGGUGUGAUGAACAAUGCAGCUGCCCCUGUUCUCUUCGAGCUGGCCAAUGAGAUGGACCUGGCUCCUUCACUGAUGGCAAGAAUUGUGCUUGAAAAAUUCUUGCAGGAUCAUGACCAGACCACACCAAGCAAACCUGUCAUAAAUGGCAUGUUAAGGGACCCAUCUCAGAUUCCUGACAGAGUUCUAGCUAAUCAAGUUUAUCAGUGCACAGUGAACGACUGCUGUUAUGGGCCGUUGGUAGACUGCAUCAAACAUGCCAUUGGACAAGAAUAUGAAAUUCUGCUUCGUGAAAAAUUGCGAAGAAAAAAACUGUCUUUUUUAGAUGAAGAUCAACUGCGCACUAAAGGCUAUGACAAAACACCUGACAUUAUUUUGGAGGUACCAGUUGCUGUUGAAGGUCAUGUGAUUCAUUGGAUUGAAAGCAAGGCCUCGUUUGGAGAAGAAUGUAGUCACCAAUCUUACUUGCAGGACCAAUUCUGGAGCUACUGGAACAGAUUUGGACCCGGAUUAGUGAUCUACUGGUGUGGAUUUAUUGCGGGUUUGGAUUGUCAUCGUGAACGUGGAAUAUUAUUAAAGGAUUGCUUCCCUGAAGACAUUAUAACCUUCCACCACACAACAGCCAGCAUUGACAGUGGAAAGAAGAGGUGAAUCCGGAAGUAAUUUUGCCUUCCUGCAGUGCUAACUCCUGGCAACAUCUCUCCUGAACUUUAGUUGAACUCCUGCUGUCCUGGGUCACCAUAAUACCUCUUUAGAAAAACACAUUCAGUGUUUCUGCUUUACUUCAGCAACACACUUCUGUGAGCAGCCAAGAACUACAGACACGUACCUCUCAUUAUCAACAUCCCUGUCUGUGUCAAGACUUUAUCGAUAGUUUAAUCUUUCUAACAUCCAAGCUCUUCUCUCUAGGUCUAGAGAAGGGAAAACUUCUGGCACUGGAAGUUCAAUUCAAAGUUUUGUACUCGACAGAAGAAUGAAAUCAUUUAUUUUAAAUUUUGAUUAAUUAAUUUAAAAAAAAUAAAUUUUUGCUUUGUUUUAGUGUGUUACCUCUGUAGGAGAUUAUCAUUACUGGCAUUUGUUGGUCUGAGCUCUGUCAUGGAAGGGAUUACCAGGCAGACACCAAAAAAAGAUUCAAGUAUGUGCUCAAAGCCUACUUGAAGAAAUGUAACCUCUCUGCCAGCUCUUGGCAAUCUCUUGUCCAUGACCACUAAAAGUGGCGAAGCAGCAUUUGGAAUGGUAUUGGGAACCUCGAAUCCAUGUGUUGUGAGCUCACAGAAACCCUACCUAAGUGGCAGAAAGAGUACAUCACCUUGAAACUACCCACCCAUCUGCCUCAACAGGCUCCAUUUACACCAUUCGUAGAAGAUUCUGCCAGUGGCCUCCUCAGACCCAACAAAAACAAAGUGGAAGCAAGUCAUCCUCAAUCCCAAAGAAACGUAGAAGAGUGAAAAAAUUAUGAUAUUUUGUAUAAUCUUAAAAAGGCCUGAAAUUCUUUAUCUUCAUCUAAAUCGGCUAAUUAAGAUCUCAGUUACGAUAUCCAUUUUGUUUCAUGUCAAAGUAAUAGAUAAUGAGAUCAGUAUUCUGAGUGGGUAAUGUAAAAAUGGAAGGAGUGAACCUCCAAGCUGCAGAUGCUACAAAUAAAUUUACUUGUUCAAAGGUAGGAAUGCAACUUAGGUUUCCAAUUUGGGCAAACUUUCAGUUAUGUAACUGCAUGACAAUGAAUGUUUUAUGCUGCCUUUUUGUUGUAUCAAUUAGUUCCAUGUACUCAGCAAAAGUUUCACUUUGAGUGAUUGUUUCUGAUAGUUGGUCCAGUAUCGAUCAGAAAAGUAUGAAUCUAGAUUUGGAAUUCCUAAAAGUAAGUAUUGCCUGAAGGUCAGUGCAAUUCUGUCUCUGAGUUUAGGUAAAUAUUGUACUGUGAUCAGAAUGUGCAUUGUAAGUGUAAGUCUUCAUCCUAAUAAUUGCACUGUUAACUUCAUUAUUUAUGGAACUGGAGCAAACUAAUUGCAACUUUUAAAAUAACCACUUAUUGUGAGAGCAUUAUUCUAUUAUUUUUCACAUUUUGCUUAUCCCUCUCCCUCCACCCAAAGUCGGCACUGAAUCUUCUGUAACCAAAGUAAAAGGUGUGCUAAUAAGUUUCCAGUCCACGUCUAAUGCAGCGUCAAGGAGUUGCAAAACAUUAGUAUUUUGGUUAUGUAAUCUUCAUCUUUCCAUCCCUUUACCCUCACUUUCCUCUCAUUCAGGGCAAAAUACCUUCCAUCUUUUUAACCAUAAAACUCAACCCGUGGAAGACAUUAGAUAUAUUUUACUUGCUCUACAGUACCAAACAUUUGCCAUGGUAACAAUGUCACUGACUUUUUGAAAUAAACAUGAAAACCUCAGUGCUUUCUGAUCUUAAUUUAUUCUGAAGUUACUGUGCUUAAAUGAACCUCUUGACUUACUUGCCAGCUAUUGAUUGUAACUGUUCUAUUAAACACUGUGACUGCUUUUUAUAGAUGAUGUGUUCUGUAAGAUCCAAGUAUCACAUACUUGUGAGUUGCUGUCUGCUGUGCCUCUUUACUGGUCUGUUUUAUAAAUAGAGCUAAGUGUAAGUUUUGUAUACUGCAGUUAAUACACUUAAAUGUUUGGUACUUUGUGAGACUGAGCCUAACCCAGGCUUCUCCUUUGACGCAAUUUUAUGUGCAAGUGAUGUUUAUUGAGAAGUUGAGAGCUUAAUAAUGUACAAAUAUAAAAUAGCCAAACCUCAGAAGUGCACCAUGACUCCUUUGCAAAGACAAAUGUUGUACAAUUAUAAAAGAACUCUUCAGAAUGCCAGUGAAGUGCCUUUGCCUCAGAAAGUUGCAUUCAUGUAGUUUAUAGCCAUGUAAGUGUUUAGAGGAUGUGUUGGGACUGCUAAUGGAAUAAAACCAAAUGAAUAGCUCAGUUUUACGUGGUGUGUUGACUUAUCCAGCCAAGAGAGAUGUAUAAAGAAACAGAAAUGUGUGUCAGUUUAUUCAAUAGAUAUGAUCUUAAUUUGGUUCUUUCUUCUGAAACUUAGCUCAGAUGCAUUGAAGGGCUUGUGUUAAAAUUCUCUUCUAUCCCAUGACUAUCAAUUAUGGAGGAGGAAAGCUUCAAAAGAGUUGAUUUGGAAAUUGCUAUGUUUUAACCUCUUUCUGGGUAGCUCUGUAAAUUGUCCUUUUUUUUUUGCUAGAAAUCACUUUUCUUCCUAAUAAAUCUCAAUUUUGACGAAUAUGUGCAUUUGCUGUGAAAGUGUUUAACGUGAAUGAGGUAACAAGAAACUGUAUCGUGUUUUUGGAUACUGGUUUGUUUCAAGCCCAGGAUUCACCAAAGUUUAACCCUUUUGGAUAUAUAGUUACUGUUUUCCUCUUAAAGCUGUUGGGGAUAUGACCAAUCGAACUGCCAAAUGAGAAGAUGCUCCUAAUUCUGUACUCUUUUAAACAGUAACUCCAAAUGGUUGUGGAUUGUUACGGAUUUUAAGAAAAAAAGUGCAGUUUGUUUGGUGUCUGCCUUUCCUCUUAUUGUUUAAAUGUGGCUUCAAUAUAAACAGCAGCUCGGGUCAUCUGUUUCAGCAAUUGA